UGAAAUCUACAACAUCUAUGGCCGAGGUUUCAGUUCCAUUCACUUUUGAUAUGAAAUCCGGCUCAGACUCAGGAAAUACACCAAGAUAUGUGGAUGUUGGACCCUGUCAGUGACUUAAAGAUACAGGAUUAAUCGUCCACCCUGUUCACGUCAUCAAGGUUUUGUAUCAGGACUUUGACGCUGAUCUGUAAAGACUAGAUUUGUUGUUGAUUGUUGUAAUUUACUCCUGAAGCCUGAAGCUCAGUUGAAAUAUGUUUUAGAGCCCCUACUGAUACAGGAUGACUUUUCAUUAGUGUCAUUUGUCCAAAUCUCUGCACAGCUAAUGAUGUUCCCAUCAGCCUCAGCUGCACUUUUAUUUAGUGCUUAUUAGUGCUUCAGAACUGCCUUAAUUCUUCAACACGAUGCUGGAAACAUUCCUCAGAGAUUCUGGUCCACAUUGACAUGACAGCAUCACACUGCUGCUGCUGAUCUGUCAGCUGCACAUCCCAAAGAGACCGUAGAGACCGUUUAACUACAGUGAACUCAUUGUCAUGUUGAAGAAACGAGUCUGAGAUGAUCUGAGUUUUGUGACAUGGAGCGUUACCCUGCAUGGAAGCAGGAGGCAGCCUUCAGAGGAUGGUACACUGUGGUCAUAAAGGGAUGGACAUGGUCAGCAACAAUACCCAGGUAGGCUGCAGUGUUUAAACGAUGCUUAGCUGGUACUAAGGAGCCAAAAGUGUGCCAAGAAAAUAUCUCCCACACCAUUACACCAGCAGCAGCCUGAAACCUUAUUACAAGGUCAGAUCCAUGCUUUCAUGUCCUUUACACCAAAUUCUGACCCUACUACCUGAAUGUCUCAGCAUAAAUCGUCUCAUCAGACCAGGCAGCGUUUUUACAAUCUUCUCCUGUCCAGUUCUGUUGAGCCUGUGUGAACUGUAGCCUCAGAGAUAACACUAGAUGGUUGUGCUGGAAAAUCCCAGAUCAGCAGUUUCUGAAAUACUCAGACCAGCCCCUCUGCCACCGACAACCAAACCAAGGUCAAAGCCAUUUAAAUCACCUCUCUUGAUAUUUGUGUUAACAAGCAGAUAAACAGGUGUACCACAUAAAGUGACCAGUGACUUUAUAUACAGUUAUGAGUAGGGCUGUAUAUAACGACAGAUGACAUAACAGCUCUCCAGAUUCAGGGCUCCAGACUGCAAAUAUUUAAUCGCAUUUUGCAGCCAAUUUUGGAGGCAGUGCAGCUAAAUUUUAGAUCUAGACGCACCAGUGUGACGUGUAAAUAUGCCCCCCGUUCUCAGGCCAGGUCCACUCUUUCCUAUACAUUGCUUUAUCAUUUAUGUUCACGCUGCUUCUCUGUCCUCUUUGCUCUGUUAUUUAGUAAUAAAAAGAUGGAUGAGGAUAUGGAGGAUGAGGAAAUCACAGUUUAAAUUCUUUCACUAUGAGCCCUGUUUAACCUGUGAUAUUUUGUGAUAUAGAUUUACUUCAUUUUCUCCCAUAUUAAAGCUCAACUUAAAUCAUUCAUGUACAUUUAAUAAAUCCUUUCCUUUAAAGUAAAACAACACAUUGUUAUUUCGUGUUGCAUUGAAUGUGGAUUUAUGUUGCCUAACUUCCUUGAUGUGAUUAAAACGUGUAAUCUGCUAAUCAGAUGUUAUCAUGUUCAAUAACUCUUCUGGGCGAGAGAGAUGAUGUACUGUGAUACUGUGAUACACAAAAACUCACUGAGAGUAAAGGAAAGAGAGAAAGAAAAAGAGGAAGAAGAUAAGAAGGGGCUGGGUUACCUAAAAUAGAAACCCACUGGGAUCAAACAACAAAUGCAAAGAAGAAGUGAUGAGAACAACUUGAGUUAAACUGUCUCUCUCAGGACUUCAGCACCAAGAUGAACAAGAUGAGGAGUUUUCUUCUACUCGUCCUCUCACUGCUGACAGGCUGUGAGGCCACGUCUGAAAGAAAGUGUCCAGGAGGAUGGAUUGAAUUCAUGUGUGCGCAUUCUACAAAUCAAAGAGAAUAUGAAGUAAAGGAUAAGGGGAAAACGGAUGACAAAUCUCAUCUGUACCAAGCUGGGAAAAACAUCUGGUUGGUUAAAAAACAACGAAGUGAUGAUGUUAGGUACACCUGCAAAACGUUUUCAGCUGGUGGAAAGAACGGCUGCCAGGAACCAUUUAAUCAAACUGCGUACAGAACAGCUAAAACCACCAUCAUCUGUGAUUACCCAGAAAAUAAAGACAAGUCCAGACUCAAGUUUUUCUGCAAAGACACAAAUGGCAUCUGUGAGGAAAUAUUAACAGAAUCUUCUAAAAGUUCAAACAAGAGGUUCACUCUCACAGGCACUAAAAGGGACUUCAACAUUUCCAUCAGUAACGUGUCCUCAGACGAUGCUGGUGUCUACUGGUGUGGACUGAAAUCAAAUGACAGAAGGCGUGCUACAUUAAGACAAAUACAACUGAAGGUUCAAAGUAUUACAAACUUCACAAGAUCCUCAACUGUUGGACAGAAUAUCUCAUACUGGUGUAAGGACCCACAAAAUCCUCCCACUGAUAAAUUCAUUUGUAAAGGGGAAGAUCCAUCUAUAUGUCAACGUCUAGUCAGCACCACACAGCCCAACAUGGACAAUGGGAAGUUUUCUAUGAAGGACGACACAGGGAAGAGAAACAUCACCAUAACAGUGAGAAACCUAACAACAGACGACACUGGAACAUACUGGUGUGGAGCAGAAACCACUGACAAAGGACGCAGCAACCUGUUCUUCCACACAUUGUUGAUGACCGUAGUGCCACCAUCAACACCAGAACCACCUCCUGUUCCAACAACCCAGUCAACUACUGCACCUGCUCAGAGUCGUGCUGGGCUACAGACGGUCAUGAUUGUGAUCCCCUGUGUGGCUGUGUUGCUGCUGCUGCUGUUGCUAAUUUCGUUUCUUAUCUACAAACGAUUUUCACGUUCAAAAAACACAAAGAAUGAAGCCAACGCACAGCACAUCAGAGAGGCUAAUAUCUAUGAGGAGAUACAGGAGUGCCUCCAGAAGCCUGACACUGGAAAUACAACAACCAUAAUUUAUACCACGGCCAGCUUUCCCAUGAACCCUCCUGCCUCACUGCAUUACUCCACCAUCAACUUCCAGAACAGCUCAGACAAAGGUGAGGCACGGAUCCCCAGACCCAGCUCCUCCAUCUGUGAGUAUACUACUGUGAAGAGCAUCCAAAGUCCAGCCGACUCGCCUGUCGUUCAGCGAUCCAGAUCAACAGAGGAUCCUCUCUACACAACAGUCAACAAGCCACAGCAGCAGCAACCAGGAGGAAACAUCAGCCCUGACAGGAAGAUGUGAAAUCUACAACAUCUAUGGCCGAGGUUUCAGUUCCACUUUUGAUGUGUUUACAAUGAAAUCCAGCUCAGACUCAGAAAAUACACCAAGAUAUUUGGAUGUUGGAUAUCUUGUUCAAAUAUUUAAAUACGUGUUAUUCUUAUUGUUAAAGAAAAACUCUGGUAUUUUUGACUCUGGGCCUUAUUUUUUCAUGUUUUGGGCUUUAAAUGAUACUGCUUUAAUACCGCUGUCUGAACUGGUUAGUUUGUGUUAUUGUGUGACUCUCAGUGGUGGACCAAGUAUUCAUAUCCUUAAAAUAAGUAAAAGUACCACACCGUAACACAAACAAACUAGCAAAUGAAGGCAGUGGUAUUUGCGGUUUUCCUAUCAGAUGCAAAAUACCAGAAAUAUCCUUUAAUGUGUAGCUCUACUGGUCACUUGCUUAAAAGUAAUAAUUCUUAAGACUUAAUGUACUUUUUUAUUACUACUGUUUUUUAUUCAUUAGUAUUUUUCUUUUGAAGAUAUUGUUUUAUUUGAUUUGUAGUAGCUGUUUUUUUACCACUGGUUGCUAUUUAACGUAUCUCAGAAAAGCCAAAGAACAGAGAAUAACAGAAUAAGUAAAAUAAAUGAGUUAUUCA